GUUGUGUUGUCUCUCAAAGACAUCCUUUUCCGUCAAUAAUAUCACACAAACUGUUGGAUCGCUUAGUAAGCCUUAACCCAACGCUUUAAAAACCUCUUUAACUCUUGAUUUGUCCUUAAACUCUAACUGAAUCCUUGUAUCACUUCCAAAGAUGGUCAGGGAGGACAAGUCCACGUGGAAAGCCAACUAUUUCCUUAAGUUGACGCAACUUCUCGAUGAGUAUCCGAAAUGUUUUAUCGUCGGUGUCGACAAUGUCGGCUCCAAACAGAUGCAACAGAUCCGCCACUCGUUGCGCGAAGACGCUGUCCUAUUGAUGGGCAAGAAUACGAUGAUCCGAAAGGCCAUCAGAGGUCAUCUGGAGAACAAUCCGUCGCUCGAGAAGUUGUUGCCACACAUUAAGUCGAACGUUGGCUUUGUCUUCACUAACUUGGAGUUAGUCGAUGUCAGGGAUAAGAUUCUCGACAACAAAGUUAGUGCUCCGGCCCGAGCCGGUGCUAUCGCUCCGAUCGAUGUGUUCAUACCGGCACAGAAUACCGGUUUGGGACCCGAAAAGACAUCCUUUUUCCAGGCGCUGUCGAUUCCCACUAAGAUCUCGAAGGGAACCAUUGAGAUCAUCAACGAAAUCCAUUUGAUCAAAAAGGAUGAGAAAGUUGGCGCCUCCGAGGCUACACUGUUGAACAUGUUGAACAUCUCGCCGUUUACUUACGGUCUAAUCAUACGCCAAGUGUACGAUUCGGGUACCGUUUUCGAUCCGGCUAUUCUCGAUAUUACACCCGAAGAUUUGCGCUCAAAGUUUUUGGCCGGUGUACGCAAUGUGGCCGCUGUUUCACUGUCGAUCGGCUAUCCGACAAUGGCUUCGGCUCCUCAUUCGAUUGUCAACGGUUUGAAGAACUUGAUUGCCGUUGCAGUGGAAACCGAUAUCAACUUUGCGGCUGCCGAUCGGGCCAAAGAGUACUUGAAAGAUCCGUCAAAGUUUGCAGUGGCCGCCGCUCCGGCAGCUGCCGCCGCGGCUAAAGGUGGCUCACCCAAGAAGGAGGAGAAAAAGGAAGAGUCCGAAGAGGAAGAAGACGACGACAUGGGUUUCGGUCUUUUUGAUUAAAAAAUCUUUUGAUUAUGACUUGAAAUCUAUUGAAUUGAAUUAAUAUUUGUUGUAAAUUUUUUUUUACAAUAAAAUAAUGAGAAACAAAA